AGGUCGCGGCCCCCGAGACACCUCAGUUGCGGUAAUGGCCGCCACCAAUGGCGUGUAGCUGGUGGAAAAGACAAUAGAGUAGUCAGGCAGGCAGGCCGGGUCAACAACAACAGGACAAACCGGUACAGGACAGCAGACGAGAAUCACAGGUCACGAGCCGGGUUCAGCAACAGAGGAUCAGAUCAAAGGAGACCACAAAGCAUAGUCGAGUCAGAAGCCGAGUCAGAUACCAGAAGCAUUACGCGCGUAUACACAGAGCUGGACCAGGCCACACAUGCAACAAGCAUGUGCGGCUCACAGGCUUAUAUAUAUUCAGCCACACCCCUCUGGGGGAUGGACCUCAGAGACCUG